ACCACAUAAAUAGAAGAAAUUUUUCUUCUGACAAGCUAAAUAAAAAGUUGAUGAAAAUAUGAAUCAAAUAAUCCAAGUUUUCAAAAGAAUAAAUACAAAACCAUUAUUAUGUUAACAUUGUGCGUCUAACAAAAUACGAGACAAUGGUGUCAAUAAUAAAAAAUCAACUACUGAAGCAUUUGUCACGAUACACCAAAAAUUUGUCAUCCGACAAAAUCAAUAUCAGCACAUUCGGUGGCGAGGGCGAAUUGUCCAAUUUGCAAUUGGAUGAGAAAGUUUUGACUGAACUUUUAGAACUUCCCGGAUGGUUAAAAUUAACGUCGGCUUGGUGCAAUCAUGUUUCGUUUCGGAUCAGCUGGACGAAACUUAAAAGCACUCCCAUCACUUUGUCUCUGGAUGAAGUGAACAUUACGGUCGAAACAUGUGAAUUCGAACGAACUGGGACACAGACUCCGUCUGGAGUCCAGAGUUUAGCUGCGCGCCAAGGGAAAUACAGUUUCAUCCACAAAGUGAUAGACGGUAUAACGAUAGUAGUCAACACCGUGAACGUUAAUUUCAUUAGUCCAGCGUUUACAGCUUCCGUACAGAUGUCGCGGAUUCGCGUCGAAUCGAAAACUCCAAAAUGGAUGCACGGUGAUCUACGCGUGACCCGACUAAAAGAUCCAGUCCGAGGAUUGCUGCUUAUAUUCAAAGAACUUUCAUGGCAAACCGUUCGAAUAGAGGCGAGUUCAACGCAAGACAAAACGUUAACACCGUUACGCCUGUUAACCAACCAAGCACGAUGCAGAAUUACCAUCAAAAAGAAGCUGUCUGACUGCAGCAUUUUGUCGUCUCGCUUAGUGUUGAUAUUGGAUGACUUACUUUGGGUACUUACGGAUUCACAACUGAAGGCUGCACUGCAUUUUGUCGAUUCAUUAGCUGCUUUGAUCAAGGAAUCGACUAAUUUGACGCAAAAAACGAAAGCACAGAAAAAGCUGGAGGUAACAUUACCCGAAUAUCAGGCCCAGCAGGCACAACAAACACGGGCCAAUGAGAGUGCCACAAUUACGGCAGCACAAAAAACAUUCAACAUGUUCGAUGUGAGAGAAACUUCAUAUCACUUCUUCAGUCAACGCAUUGAUCUUCAUUUGUGCGAUGAUGCUGGCGAUGGUCGAUCGUGUCAUCCCGAUUUGAACGAUGGUGGAGCUUUGCAGAUAUCAGUGCAAGGAUUCCAGGUCGAUUAUUAUCCGUUUCAUUUGGCUAAAAGUGAUCGAUCCCAUUGGCCAAAGUAUCGCGAAGCAGCCGUUCCACCAGCACUCUGGCUGGAACAAUCACUUAAUUCGUUCAAAGAGUCACUGUUGAAUUUAAGUCAGCCAAACCGUCCACCCACUCAUGCACCACUGGAACGAUCGCCCAUAUCACCGAAUAAGCCAAACAUCAGUUCGUCAAAGUCCGAUCACGUCAAUGAUUCGCCAACGAAACGACAAGUCUUAGACAAUUUAUCCAAAUUGAUGACUGCCUGUGUUAUCCUGAGAAUCGAAGACUUCACUUUGUACAGAGUGACAACGGCUGGCAAAAAACAGAUGCCCAAGGAAUUUAUUUCGGCACAACAACACAAACGGAAAGGUAAAUCAGGUGACAAAGACCGGUACUCCUUCCCAGCCGAACUUCCAACAGUACAUGCGGAAUUUACUUAUUUUUAUUUUCCGGGCGAUUUUGUUUUCCCAUUGCCACAAAACAAGAUUUUUGUUCAUGUGAAUCCAAUACAAGUAAAUUUUCAUCUGGACAGUGUGCUAUGGUUCAAUUCGUUUGCAUUAAAUUUACAUGAAAGUUUACUGCGAACAAGUGUUGCAACAUCACCAUCCACGGCCAAUGAACCUAGUCUUAUGUACAUGGACGUUAAAUUGGAAGCGAUUAUGCCGCGAAUAAUAUUUGAAUGUGGUCCUGAUGCACCUGCACAACGUGACCGGCCCAAGGUAAUGCAAGUGCAAAUAUCCAGAUUCUUCUUUACAAACAUUCGAGAAUUGGGUGCGUCUCGUGCUGAUUUGGCGCAAGCUUUACAUUCAUUACAAGAAGGAAGUUUAGUUUUCGGAUCGGGAUUUCCGUCGAAACACAAUGAUCUGUGUGUAGUGACGGACCGCAUAUUAUCACAUGUCGCAGCUUCCGAUGUAAUAUCGAAUGGAACAACGCCAGACACUUCACUGCCACAGUCUAUAUCCAAUACAAACCUGUCACGUUAUGCGCUCUGGUCGGAGCCGAGGGACGUGUGGUGCUUAAUGGCCGAUCCGAUUUGGGUUGACUUUUUAGGUGCUCGAUCGGUCGGUCAAACAAAGUCUGUACCGUUUGUGGAUGCUGUGCCAAUUACGCUAUGGAUACAUGGCAAGAGCGAUGAAUAUGCAUCUCUGACGCCAGUACCAAGUCUUGUGAAAAGUGAUGAUGAAGAAUUGAACUUGUCAAUUGGAAAGUUAGAACCAUUCGGUGGUAUGAGUGAAUUGAAUGGUUUCGAUCAGAUUCCUAAGAAUUUCAUUAGUAGCAACCCGUUCUACAGUAGCUGUGUACCCGAUUACGGCAAUGUGAGUGAAGGUGAUAAUAAAACUGUGAUGAAUGAUAGUGUCGGAAAUGAUAAGUCUGUCGAAACAACGGCAGACCUGCAUGUCAUAGCUCAUGUUUCAAAUUUAGUUAGUGUUCAAAUUGAUCAUUAUCAGUUGUUGUUUUUGUUGAGAUUGUCGGAAGAGAUGACUGAGCUAUCGACAUUCCUAUCGCUGGACUCUAACCGGAUUCUGAGAAAGGAAACAUCUAACAAAUCACUCGUUGUUGGUUGUGUCAUUCCGCAAGUUGAAGUGACGCUAGUCAUGCCAUCACAAACACCUGGAAAGGAGUCGAGUGGCGGCGACGCUGAAAGUGUUAUACCGGAUUCAGCGAGUUUAGGAGACGACUUACACAUCAAUAAUUCAGCGACCUGGUCAUCACAAGCACCACCCUCCUUAGAUCAAAUCAAAAGCAAUCAACAAAAUCCAUAUUAUUUUGGAAGUAUCGAAACACCGUCGCCUAUCACCAAUGAUCCACCGAGCGAUUUGGCACAAUAUACAUCCAAUCCGAAUACUCAUGGCUUUAACGUUCAGAUUCUAAGUACACCAAUAACAAAUAGUCCAAAUACGCCAAUCUUAGCUUCCUCAUCGAGAAGUAGAAAUCGCAAUUCGGUUACUGACAGUGGCUUUAAGGAACUGGGAUCGAGUCUGAUUUCGAUGAAGAAAGGAUUUUCCCAAUUCAUGACGUCGAUAGACUCGGCUCUAAAAACAAAUACCUCAGACGACAUGAGCGAUACCGUGUCAAUGCAAAGUGAUAUCAGUUCGGAUUCGGAAAAUUUCAUUCACAUAUUGGCAGAUGAUAAAACGGCCGAUUGUAUGGACGUGAUGUUCAGACUGAAUCCAUUUACAUCGGAUCCGAAUCAACUGAAAGCGUCGCCAGUUGAAGUAGCUAGUGAAGUUUGCGAAGAGCCGCAACUUAAAACGAAUAUGUCCUCACCAUCCGAGCCGUCUGAGGCGAGCAGUUGGAGGCGACGUGAUUUAGUUUCAAUGGCAACAUUCCGACUGACUACGGUGGAGGUAAUACGCCAGCAAAAAGGUUGUUCAUCGUCGUUACGUCUUCAGAUUUCAGCAUUGACUUGCGACGAAUGUGGAGCGAUUCCGUGGGAUGAAUUACAGACUACUCACCAAAAGACAAAGACCAAAUUUAACGCGAGAUGUCGAGCAUGGAAUUUGGCUCCAUAUAAUCCGGAAAAACCACCCUGUGUCCAACUGCGUUUAGAUGAACUUCUGACACCACCAGACAAUUUGGGAAAAAUUACCGACAAAAAAAGUGUUUUGAGAUGGUUUUCCCACAACGUAGAGGUUCGUGUCAAAGACCUGACCCUGGAUUUAUCAAUGAGCACGGUUGUCGGUAUUGGCGAUUUGGCCGAGGAUGAAAUUAUUUCCAAACCGCUUCCACUAGAGAUUUUGUUGGAAAAUCUAAAAAUUCAUUUGAUGGAGGAUCGACCACCGGUGAACAUCACAUCGCCUGGACCUGUUCCGGUCGAUUUAAAUAUUUGUAAAAUGAGGUUAACGCGCGACGAUACUGGAACGUUCCACAUUGAGCCGGAAAACCAUAAUGAAACAGAUGAAUUAGUGACUAAUGUGGUGCCGCGUAAAGACCGAGAACUGUUAUCAAUGCAAUUGGUUAUGCAGCAGUUGAAAUUGGACAAUGAUGAACUGAAGAAAAAGCUUGCCGCUCAGGAGAAAUCAACCGAGGCAUACAAAGUAAAUACGGAGAACGAAACGGAUAUACUGAAAAAUAUACUGAAGAAAGCUCAAGAUGAUUUGUCAGUAUUACUGGAUGAGAAGAGAACGUUAAUGGAUACGGUACGAUCGUUACAGUUCCAACUUUCAACGGAUAAAAGUCUGAAAGCAGACGGAAACAGAUAGCACAACUGCAUCGAUCUUAACUGUAUCCAGUGUUGUAAGGAAAAUAACAACACUUAGAUAGACAUAUGAAUAUAAUAAAAGAGAGAAAACCAACAGAAGAAAAAAAUAUUUCUAAAAUGACCUGAGAUCCAAGUCACAUAAUCCAGAUAUAGUUGUAGUGAACAACAUUGCAUAUUUCUAUUGUACCUUCGGUUAGAAAUAAAACUAGAGAUUAGGAGGAUU